AUGGCGCCGAAGGUGAAGAAGGAAGCUGUCCCUGCCAAAACAGAGGCCAAGUCAAAGGCUCUUAAGGCAAAAAAGGCUGUACUCAAAGGUGUUCACAGCCAGAGGAAGAAGAAAAUCAGAACUUCUCCCACCUUCCGUCGCCCCAAAACUCUCCGUCUCCGUAGGCAGCCAAAGUACCCUCGCAAAAGUGCUCCUCGCAGAAACAAGCUGGAUCAUUAUGCCAUCAUCAAAUUCCCCUUGACGACAGAGUCUGCAAUGAAGAAGAUUGAGGACAACAAUACACUUGUGUUCAUCGUUGAUGUCAAGGCCAACAAGCAUCAGAUCAAACACGCUGUUAAGAAGCUGUAUGAUAUUGAUGUAGCUAAAGUCAACACGCUCAUCAGGCCGGAUGGAGAAAAGAAGGCAUACGUUCGCCUUGCACCUGAUUAUGAUGCUUUGGAUGUUGCAAACAAGAUUGGCAUCAUCUAA